GUGAGAACCAAAGCAGGAUGGGAGACUGGAAAGCCUACAUCAAUACAGUCCUGAAGGACAAGAACAUCGAAGAUUUAGCUAUUGUGGGACAUUCUGACAACAAAUCUGUGUGGGCUUCUAAGCCAGGGGGCCUGCUGGCCGCCAUCUCUCCCCAAGAAGUAGGAAUAAUUACUGGGCAGGACAGAAAGGCAUUCCUGCAGACAGGGAUCACCAUAGCUGGGAAGAAGUGCAGCGUAAUCCGUGACAACUUGCUAGUAGAGAACGAUUCUGUGAUGGACACUCGAACCAAAGGUGGUGACAGCAGAUCCAUCUGUAUUGGGAAGAGUCCUAAAGCACUCAUCUUUCUCAUGGGCAAAAAGGGAGUCCAUGGAGGAGCUCUUAAUAAGAAGGUGCAUGACUUGAUAGCAAGCAUGAAAGCAAAAGGCAGCUAG